UGCCCGCGGUGAAUCGACUGAUAUCUGAUAGGCUGUCCUGAAAAAAUGCAGUUUUCGGUAUUGGGCAGACGCCCACUGGGGCCUGGGCGGGAUUUCGGGGGAGAGGAGGCGGGGCCUCUGUGCUUAGGGCGCGAGCAGUUGAAAGACGGUUGGUGUCGGUUCCGAUAAGUUCCGAUUCGGCCGUCCCAGCACUUCUCCAUGGCAGACCCUCAGGAAGCGCGGGUUUCUUCGCAGCCCCCGCCACCUUCCUUCUCUCCCUCGUCUUCUGAAGCCUCUUCCACAUCUUCCCCCGGCGUCCCAGGGAGUUUGGACUGCCCAGUUCCGAGCAGGAGCCCAACGGUGGACCGGCUGGAGGAAGUGGAGCUGCAGAUCGGAGACGCAGCAUUUUCAUUAACCAAACUGCUGGAAGCCACAUCUGCAGUAUCAGCUCAAGUGGAUGAGCUUGCCUUGAAAUGUACAGAAAAUGCACGUUUCCUGAAAACAUGGCGGGACCUCUUGAAAGAAGGCUACAAUUCUUUGAAGCCUGAUAACUGAUUUAGCUGUGGAAUAACUCCUACUUCCUCAUUUAUGAUAUUUUCACAUGUAUCAUAUGUAUAGGAGAAUCCCCAGUAGUUCUGUACACUCAAAAUGGAAUUUUUCUUUUGUGAAAGCAGAAUACUGAUGAUAUUUUUGAUGCUGGCUAGUAUUUCUUUAAUCUUCUGACUAAACUUUCAUAGAAUCUUUUAUGAAAGUUAAUUUCAUCAGUAGACUAAUAUACCACAGUGUUACCAGGAGCAAACGAGGUAGAACAUUAUUUUAUUUGAUUUGCAAGAAGAUGCCAAGAAUGGCAGAGUUUAAAGUUACCAGAGAAGGUAACUUUAAGGUUAGUAAUGUUAGCUCCGGCUCCGUUAGGCUAACUUCUCUAGACCAAUCCCCAGCACCUAGGACAGUGUCAUUCUAAAGAGUCAAUCUCAUUGACUUAAAGGAAAACAUUUUUUUUUUUUAAUGGAGAUUUGAACUUUUACUGAUGACAGCUUUUUAAAAUAUAUGCUAAAUAUUUUUUGCCUUCUAGGAUGCUUUUUAAAAAAGCUUUUACUUCAGAAAAUGAAAGCAUGUAUAGAAAGAAUGCAUAUUUUCCCCCAUAUUUAUUUCUAAGAUUAACUGCUUCUAGAGAUAUUUCUUGCAUUCCAUGUUGUUAGGUCUUUGAUUGUUCUCUUUAAAGUGCCUUAUCACAAUUAUGGCUCUGUACUAUUACUUUUGGAACUUUGUAAGUAAUAAUUCUGAAUUCUAAAUAUAAUAAUUUUAAAGAAGUUACUUUGUUUUUAAUGCACCAAAUUUAAAUGAUGUGAUUAUUUUCAUAUUAUUUGACUUUAUUGACAAUGUUCUAUUUUACUUGUCCUGUAGCUUAUGUCACUUUUCUCUCUCUAGUGGUUUGUAUCAUAUGUCAAUGAAUAAGCCCACUAAUUCUCUACUAUAUAACUCUGGACAUCUUUGAUAUAGAAUCUUAUUCUUUGUAGUUAUGGAGAUGUGUACAAAACUGUAUUUUAAAACUCCACAAUGGGGCUAUGAAAGGGGACAAAUGGAUGGGCAAAUAGUUUUGUUUAGCAUAUUAAGUCAUAGUGCUUGAUUAAUUUUUUAAAGUUAAAGAUAACACAUGGUAUAUACCUGUACCACAGAGAUGCUUAUUUUGAUAUUAGAAAAUUUUUUAUAUAUCAUGAAAAUUGAAAUUAAAAUGUAUAAAAAUAAAUUUGUUAAAAGCAAAUUUCCAUUUCCUUGGGUUCAUUACUCUGAAAUUUUUGAUUGAAAUAUUUUCAAACAUAACAGGAAAGGUGAAUGAUUUAAUGGACACCAAUGCAUUUCCACCAUACAGAUUUAAUAAAUGUUAACAUUUG